GUCGAUCGCAUUGACAACUAACAAACCACUCAGACCAAAAUGAAACUGGCAGUCGUUGCAAUUGUCUCUGUUAUGUGCGUUUCUUUUGCGUACGCGGUUCCAUAUGAUACUCGCUGCAGUGGAGUGAAUGAAGUCUACUCAAGCUGUGGAUCAGCUUGUCCACUAACCUGUGAUAACUACCGUUUGGGUCCGGUAGGAUGUGCCCGACCCUGCCAGCGAGGAUGCUUCUGCCGUCCUGGUUUUGUCCGUAACACGCUUGGAGUGUGCGUGGAAACCGUUCAAUGCACCAAACGAACAGUUAGAGUCCAGCAGUCCAGCGUAGGAUACUAUCCAGGCAGUUACUACGGACUCGGAUACGGUCUAGGUUAUGCUCCCAAUAACCUCGUGCGAUCCGUCGUGUAUUAGUGUAUCCUGCAAAUUGUGAAUUUUUUCGAACCCAA